AUGUUUUUUCUUUCUUUCCUUCUUUCUUUCUAUUUGUCCUUCCGUAAUGUUCUUUCAUUCCUUCUUUUUUAUUUUCUUUCCUUCUUUUUUAUUUUAUUUAUUUCUUUCUUUCUUUCUUUCUUUCUUUCUUUCUAUUUGUCCUUCCGUAAUGUUUAUUUUCUUUUUUCUUUCUUUCGUUUUGUUCUUCCUCAAUGUUUUUUCUUUCUUUCCUUCUUUCUUUCUAUUUGUCCUUCCGUAAUGUUCUUUCAUUCCUUCUUUUUUAUUUUCUUUCUUUCUUUCUUUCUUUCUUUCUUUCUUUCUUUCUUUCUUAAUGUUUAUUUUCUUUUUCUUUCUUUCUUUCUUUCGUUUUGUCCUCCCUCAAUGUUUUUCUUUCCUUCUUUCUAUUUGUCCUUCCGUAAUGUUCUUUCUUUCUUUCUAUUUCUCGUCAGAGCUAAUGAAGAAACCACGCUAUGGAACAGAUCCGAACAUUCUGUCCAAGUAGCUGUAGGAUGGGGAAGAGGCUCAGGUAGGGGACAGACACUACAACAGCAGCACCUCCGCCCCCACCAGAUAUUUUCCCCCCCCGUCGUUUACUCCUUCUUCAUGAUUCUCGGCGUCUGUAUUUAUGCAUAUGGACGAGUUCAAGUCCUCUCAUGGAGAGCUGUGUUCAUCUACACAACACUUUCUUUCGUUCUUUCUUCUUUUCUUUUUUCUUUCUUUCUUUCUUUUUUUUUCUUCUUUCUUUCUUUCAUUUUUUUUUUUUUCUUUUCUGUCUCUUUCUUUCUUUUUUUUUUGUUCUUUCUUUUUUUUUUUUUUUUUUCUUUCUUUCAUUCUUUUUCUUUCUUUUUUCUUUCUUUUUCUUUUCUUUCUUUCUCUUUUUUUUUUUCUUUUUUUCUUUCUUUUCUUUCAUUCUUUCAUUCUUUUUCUUUCUCUCUUUCUUUUCUUUUUUUUUUUUUUCUUUCUUUUUUUCUUUUUUUUCUUUUUUUCUUUCUUUCAUUCUUUUUUCUUUCUCUCUCUCUUUCUUUCUUUUUUCUUUCUUUCUUUCAUUCUUUUUUCUUUCUCUCUCUCUCUUUCUUUUUUCUUUUUUCUUUCUUUAUUUCAUUCUUUUUUCUUUCUCUCUCUCUCUCUCUCUUUCUUUCUUUCUUUUUUCUUUCUUUCUUUCUUUCUUUCUUUUUCUUUCUUUCUUUCUUUCUUGUUUCGCCGUCGUUUGUUUGCACGCAAGCGCGGUCGAUGCAUCAGGCGCCGACAACCAGAAGGUGGCCUGGACUUGUUUACGAAUGGAGUGGAAAAGAGAACAGUCUGCAGUGGUGUCCGCGUGCGCUGAGCGCCGACAACGAAUCGGCACUCGCACGAUACGCAUCAAUGGCUCUGGGUGAUUGUCGAUAUAGAGUUUACGCGGCUCGGCUGAUGUUCGUCCUUGUAGUCAUCGUGUUUAGUCGACAAAUACGGCGGCCAACGCGUCAGCUUCUUCUUUUUUAUCUGACAACAAAGUCGGACAUUGCCUUUCGCAACGGUGGAUUAUCAACAUCUAUAUAUCUUUUUCCAUUUCUUUCAUUUUCUCUCUGCCCACCGUCCUCUCUCCUAUUCCCUUUCUCUUUCUUUCUCUCUUUCUCCUUGUCUUUUUCUCUCUCAUUCUCUUUCAUUUUCUCUUUCUCUCUCUUUCUAUUUCCCACUUUUUCUUUCUUGUUCUUUCUCCUUUUCUGUCUCUCUCUCUCUCUUUCUCUCUCAGUCAAACGCUACUCUCCAACCUUCUCAUUAUCUAUCUAUCUAUCUAUCUAUCUAUCUAUCUAUCUAAUUCUGUUUCCUAUCUAUCUAUGUAUCUAUCCAAUUCUGUUUCCUUUCUAUCUAUCUAUCUAUCUAUCUAUCUAUCUAUCUAUCUAUCUAUCUAUCUAUCUAAUUCUGUUUCCUUUCUAUCUAUCUAUCUAUCUAAUUUGGUUUACUUUCUAUCAAUCUAUCUAUCUAUCUAAUUCUGUUUCCUUUCUAUCUAUCUAUCUAAUUUGGUUUACUUUCUAUCUAUCUAUCUAUCUAUCUAUCUAUCUAUCUAUCUAUCUAAUUCUGUUUCUUAUCUAUCUAUCUAUCUAUCUAAUUUGCUUUACUUUCUAUCUAUCUAUCUAUCUAUCUAUCUAUCUAUCUAUCUAUCUAUCUAUCUAA